CAAGGAAAAAUGGAGAAUUUUCCCACCAAAUCCUUGUUCCGUUUUUUUUGCUUCUGUAUUGUCUUUUGUAGGAUGACGGAGCUUCAGGUGGCUACGGCACGGAACAAUGGAGCGGGGAAGAUUCCUAUAGGUGUGGUUCUUGACUUGGACUCGCGGGUUGGCAAGGAACGGCUGCGUUGCAUCAACAUGGCUCUUUCCGACUUUUACUCCUACUACGGCGGUCACUACAGAACAAGGCUGGAUUUACGCAUCAAAGACUCCAAGAAUGAUGUUAUAGGAGCGGCGGCCGCAGCUCUAGAUUUGGUAAAGAAUGAACAUGUGCAAGCAAUCAUAGGACCAGGAAACUUAAUGCAGGAAAAUUUUAUCAUAGAUCUUGGAAAAAAAUCUCGAGUACCCAUUAUCUCCUUUGCAACCACUCCUCUUACUUCCAGGCGGAGCCCAUAUUUGUUCCGAGCAACCCAAAGUCACUCAUCUCAGAUCAAAGCCAUUGCUGCCAUUGUCCAUGCCUUUGGAUGGAGAGAAGUCGUGCCCAUAUUUGUAGAUAAUGAGUCUGCUGAAGGGAUUAUACCUUACCUAUCUGAUGCCUUGGAAGAAGUUGAUGCUCUGGAAGAAGUUGAUGCUCGGAUUCCUCAUUGGAGCAUUAUCCCGCCUGGGGCCACCGAUGAGGAAGUUAAGGGAGAGCUAUAUAACUUAAAGAAAUUGCAGACUACAGUCUUCAUCGUUCAUAUGGACCCAACUCUUGGGUCAAAGGUUUUUGACAUAGCAAAAGAGAUUGGAAUGAUGAGUGAAGGAUAUGUUUGGAUAAUAACUGAUAAGAUGACAAAUCUUUGGAGUUUGGUUGACCAUUUUGAUACGGAUUCCAUGCAGGGAGUAUUGGCUAUAAGGAAUUAUGUUCCAAAAUCAAAUGAGUUUGAUAAUUUUAAGGUAAGAUGGAAGGCAAAAUUGGACAUCUUUGGAUUAUGGGCUUAUGAUGCUACAUUUGCAUUGGCCAAGGCAGUAGAGAAACUUGGCACAAAAAAUUUUAGCUUUGAUGUGUCAAAUGUUUCGGGAAGCGCAAGAACAGAUCUUGAAUCUUUUGGGGUUUCCCAAAAUGGACCAGAACUCAUCCGGGCUUUGUCAAGUAUAAGAUUUAAAGGCCUUAGUAGUGAAGAAUUUAGCUUGGUUAAUGGGCAACUGGAGUCCUCCGUUCUUCGGAUUGUUAAUGUAAAUGAAAAUUUUGAAAGAGGGAUUGGGUUCUGGACAUCAAAGUCUGGACUGGUUAAGAGACUAGAUUUUGAAAAUGUGACAAGGAAUUCCGCUUCCAAGGCUAAUCUUGGAACCAUCAUAUGGCCUGGAGAUCCCCAGUCCGUUCCCGAAGGCUGGAAAACUCAGACUUUGAAGAUUGGAGUACCAGUCAAGAAUGGAUUUAUUGAAUUCGUGGAGGCACCAAAUGAUACAAGCCCCAAUUCCAUAGUUAGCCCCAAAGGCUAUUGCAUUGCAGUCUUCAAUGCUACAAUGAAGACAAUAAAAUACAACGUCACUUACAAUUUCUAUGCUUUUAAAAUGCCUGAUGGUGAGAAGACUGGAUAUUAUGACCAUUUGGUCUAUCAAGUUGCUUAUGGGAAAUAUGAUGCGGUGGUGGGAGACAUUUCCAUCCGUGCAGAAAGGUCAUUGUACGUUGACUUCACGUUGCCAUUCAUGGAAUCUGGAGUGGUCAUAGUGGUGCCUAUUAAAGACGAUGAAAACAAGAAUGCAUGGGUGUUCUUGAAGCCUUUGACAUGUGACCUCUGGGUGGCCAGCGGUUGUUUCUUUGUCUUCAUUGGGUUUGUCAUCUGGGUGCUUGAGCACAGAAUCAAUGGAGAUUUCCGUGGACCACCUUCGCAUCAUGUUGGAACCAGCUUGUGGUUCUCCUUCUCAACCAUGGUUUUUGCACAUCGGGAGAGGGUAGUGAGCAAUUCAGCGAGGUUUGUGGUGGUAAUUUGGUGCUUUGUGGUACUCAUUCUCACACAGAGCUACACCGCUAGCUUAGCUUCUCUUUUGACAGUUCAACAACUGCAACCAUCUGUGACUGAUUUAAACGAGUUGGUGAGGAAAGGGGAGAAUGUUGCAUACCAAGAUGGCACCUUCGUCCAGGGAAUCGUCCAGAAAUUUUUCGAUCCAUCCAAGAUCAAGACAUUUAAGUCAGUGGAAGAUCUUGAUGAACUUUUCACCAAGGGAAGCGCCAAGGGUGGUAUAGCGGCUGCUUUCGACGAAAUUCCUUACAUGAAUCUGUUUCUUGAAAAAUAUCCUGACAAAUACACCACCAUUGAACCAACGUUUAAGACUGAGGGUUUUGGAUUUGUCUUCCCAAAAGGUUCUCCUCUUGGAGCAGAAGUUUCUAGGGCAAUCUUAAGACUCUCAGAAGGUGACACAAUAAAAAACUUAGAAGAGAGAUAUCUUCCGAAAAGAACCAGAUGUCUUGAUUCACGUACCUCUAAUUCUUCUAAAAGUCUGGGUCUUGAAAGCUUUUGGGGCCUCUUCCUUAUUACCGGGGUUGCUGCAAUAUUAGCUCUUAUUAUCUUUGCAGCUGAGUUUCUGUAUGAACAAAGGGAAGUCUUGCGAGCCUCUGGAAUCUCAAUCUGGAAACGAAUCCUUCAAUUGAUAAGAAACUUUGACCUCAAGGACUUGACCUCUCACGCCUUUUAGGAAGAGAGAAUGAAGUAAAUGAACGAAUUCCAUUGAU